AUGGACAAAAAGGCUUCAGUUUUCACGGACGGGGGUAAUUUUCGUUGGAACGUAUGGGCUCCGUUAAAGGCCAAUUAUCAUGCUUGGAGGGCGGAGUCGGGAAAGUUAGCGGCCAAAGUUGCCUUCGCGAAAUGGGGCAUCCGGGUGUUAGAAGUCAAAUGCAGCAGAUGUUCGCUCCGGGAUGAAAUGACAGACCAUAUGCUCGCUGAUUGUAUUUGGGCAAGGAGCGUUUGGUGGAACCUUUGUCGUUGGGUGAAAAUUCCCAUUCUUACCGAGGACAUUUCGGUUGCUCAGAUCCUAAAUCACUUUCAGUCGCAAAUCGGGUCUAAGAGGUGGAAACGGGCUGUGCACCUGGUAGCUUUGUGUUGUCUCUGGAGGUGGUGGCUUGCCAGAAAUAACAAGGAAUUCAACGGGAUCAUGGAGCCGGUGCGGAGGAUUGUCGAGUCCAUCAAGGAGGACUCUUUUUUGUGGGUUAAAAGUAGAGUCAAAGGUGUGUAUUUGGAGUGGAAAAACUGGGUAGAUUUGGAUAUUGCCUCGAUUGUUUGA